AUGGCAGAAAUUUCUAAGAUAUUAAAAGAAAAAGAAGGCGUAAUUAGCAAAAUAGAAGAAAUAGGCCCUUCAAUCUACAAAUACACCAUAGGAGUGGAAGAAGAAAGCAUGCCCACGCUGUGCUAUGCAGUCAGAUUGGGUGUGCCUGGGAGAACUCUCACCCGGCCUUUCUCUCCUGUGAAAGUAUCAAGCACUGCGCUAGAAUGUAUUAUAAAAAUAUACCCAGAGCCAGCUGACAAAGACCACGAGAUGUUUACGCCCUAUCUAUCUAAUCUAUCAGUUGGCGAUGUUUUAAGGGUCUUGUGGUACACUGAGAAGCAUCCCAUCACUGAGAUCCUGUGUGAUACAAACAGACAAGUGUGCAUGUUGUCAGCAGGCACAGGAAUCACUCCAAUGAUGCAGAUACUUCAGUGUGCACAGGAAAAUAAAAAUAAACAAAGUUUUAAAGUGGUGUCUGUAUCGAGUAAUUCUGUUUACAGAAUACUAAAAAGCUCAGAUGAGUAUGCAGCACUGGAUCUUGAAAUAACUGACAUUUUCAUAGGAAGAAAUGAGCAUUCACAGGGCUCUGGGCUGAGCAUUCUCAGAGAAAGAGUGGCGCAGAUCAAAUCAGCAGAAGAGAGGACAGUGUAUCUGGUGUGCGGGCCAGACUCUUUUGUGAAGGAGGUGGCAGGGGACAGAAAAGGUCUGUACGGAGGAAUUCUGCAUGCUCUAGGGAUCCCAUCAAGCAGCUGCAUCAAGUUUUAG